AUGUCUCCUCCUACGUAUAGAGAUGAGGAAGGAAAGGGAAGGCUCAUGUAAAUAAAUACCAGCUUCAAGACAGCAGAAGUAACUGUGUCUUUACAGGACAGGACCUUACGAGAGCACCCUGACUCAGCCUUCAUCACCACACUGUACAAUGGCAGAUUCAAGCUUUCAGCAGGAGUUCCUGGCAACCCACAACUCCUACAGGGCAAAGCACAGCACACCACCACUGAAAUUCAACAGUGAGCUGAGUGCUGCAUGUCAGAAAUGGGCCGAUCACUUGCUGGAAAGAAACUCCCUGGGCCACAGCGACACAAAGGAUGGAGAGAAUGUCUUCACUAUGUCCAGCUCAGCAGGUCUCAAGCUAACAGGAAAAGAAGCUGUUGAUGCGUGGUACAGUGAGAUCAAGGAUUACGACUGGAAGAACCCUGGAUUCACCGGCACUACUGGUCAUUUCACUCAGGUGGUGUGGAAAGAGAGCACUGAACUGGGCGUGGGCUUGGCCACCAAUGGCAAAAGGGCCUUUGUGGUGGGACAGUACCGGCCAGCUGGCAACAUGGCCAUGCCGGGAUACUUUGAGAAAAACGUGCUGCCAAAAGCAUAAAGGCUGUGAAUUUUACAGCUGGCAGUGGGGUGGGAGGUACAGACAAAACCUCCAGUGGGGGAGCUGGAGUGAGGCCAAGGAAAACCUGCACUCUGCUGUAGAUGACCUGGACCAUCCCUGCAACGCUCAGCGCACCACCUCUUAAUACUUCAUGUUGUAAAUACGUUUUUUUUUUUUUUAAUCUAAUAAGCCAGCCAAUCUUAUAAAACUCUUUUGAUUCAGAAUGCUUGUGAUUAUAAAUCAAUGUGGAAUAUGUUGGCAAUAUAUUAUGACACAAGGUCUAUUCAAAUACCGGUACUCACUCUCACACAACUGGGAACAUGAAACCAUGAAGUGAUGGAUUCAACAUGAAUACAAUCAAAUGUUCAUGUUACUGUGAUUCUUCUUCUGGUUUACAUCAACCACAUCUGUAUGAAUAUUCAAAAAUAUGUUCUGCCAUGAAAGACAAUGAAUAACGACACAGAAAUGACAAAAUAAACUGAUUUUAAAUAUCUACA